AUGGGCGGGGCUGAGGCGCCUCUCAUUCCCCCUCCAUGCUUAGCGGGGCAGCAGGGCUGGAGAGACCUCCGGGGAGCACAGUCGCCAGUCCAGCACGGAGACUCGCCGCCCGGCCACAGAACCGCUCCUCACACUUGCCAGGAUUGCCAAACAUUCCUGAGAAAUAUACCUGCUCUUUAUGGCAUGUGGCUUGUAACUUUACUCCUGCUGUACUCUCUCCAAGAAGUACACAGUGAGGAUGUGGGCUCUACCAGGCUGUACUUUGUGAACGCCUCCCUGCAGAGGGUAACCUACUCCAGCUCGGUGGGGGUGUCCCUGCCCUGUCCAGCAGGGGGCACCCCCAGUGCCAUACUGCGCUGGUACCUGGCCACCGGCGAUGACAUCUACGACGUGCCGCACAUCCGCCACGUGCACGCCAACGGCACCCUGCAACUGUACCCCUUCUCGCCCUCGGCCUACAACAGCUACAUCCACGACAAUGACUACUUCUGCACUGCCGAAAACCAGGCCGGCAAGAUCCGGAGCCCCAACAUACGCAUCAAAGCUGUUUUCAGGGAGCCCUACACCGUGCGAGUGGCGGACCAGCGCUCGAUGCGGAGCAACGUAGCCGUGUUUAAGUGCCUCAUCCCCGUUGCCGUGCAGGAGUAUGUCAGCGUCGUGUCCUGGGAGAGAGACACCGUGUCCAUCGUCCCAGGUAACAGGUUCUCUCUCACCUCCUUCGGAGCUCUUUACAUCUCUGAUGUUCAGAAGGAGGACGCCCUCUCCACAUACCGGUGCAUCACCAAGCAUAAGUACAGCGGCGAGACGCGGCAAAGCAAUGGAGCCAGGCUCUCCGUAAUGGACCCCAACGAGUCCUCGCCCACCAUCCUGGACAGCUUCCAAGCAGGGGAGGUGCAGGCAGGCCAGAGCAUCGAGCUCCCCUGCACCGCAGGAGGUUACCCCAGCCCCACCGUACGCUGGCUGAAAGAUGGUCGCCCCUUGCCCUCAGAUGCCCGCUGGACACGGCGUUUGACAGGGCUGACCAUCAGUGACCUGAGGCUGGAGGACAGUGGCAGCUAUGCCUGUGAGGUCACCAACAGUUUUGGCUCAAAGGAGGUGUCUGGACAGCUUCACGUUAUAGAUCCACUACGUGUGACCUUAUCGCCUAAGAACCUGAAAACAGGCAUCAGCAGCACACUGUUUUUCACCUGCACUGUGGAGGGCUCUCCUGAAUACGCCAUCACCUGGUACAGGAACACAGAGCCCAUCAACCCCGACCAGCACAUCUCCAUCCAGGGGCAACACAACGACACGCUGCAGAUCACUGCGGCACAGAAGUUCCACUCCGGGGCCUACCAGUGCUUCGCCUCCCGAAAGGGCCACACUGCUCAGGACUUUUCCAUUAUACUGCUAGAGGAUGGUACUCCUCGUAUCGUGUCUUCCUUCAGCGAGCGGGUGGUGAACCCCGGCGAGCCUUUCUCCCUCAUGUGCGGGGCCAAAGGAGCCCCACCCCCGGCGAUCACCUGGACAUUGGACGACGAGCCUGUGGUUCGGGACUCCACCUACAAGACCAGCCAGUACACCCUGUCAGACGGCUUGACCGUGUCGCACGUCAACGUCAGCAGCCCGCUCAUCCGGGAUGGGGGAGUGUACCGUUGCGUCGCACGCAACUCGGCCGGUAGCGCCGAGUACCAAGCGCGCAUAAACGUAAGAGGUCCACCUCGAAUCAGACCCAUGCGGGACAUCACCGCAGUGGCGGGCAGGAACACCUACAUAACGUGCCGCGUGAUUGGCUACCCGUAUUAUUCCAUCAAGUGGCUGAAGGACGGCAUGCAGCUGCCCGAUAAUCACCGUCAAGUGGUGUUCGAGAACGGCACCCUGAGGCUGACGGACGUGCAGAAGGGCGCCGACGAGGGCACCUACUUGUGCAGCGUCCUGAUCCAGCCCCAGGUGUCGAUCAACCAGACCGUCCACGUAACUGUCAAAGUGCCGCCGCUCAUCCAGCCCUUUGAUAUCCCCUCUACCUCAGUGGGGAAGCUCAUGUACAUCGCCUGCGUGGUGUCAUCCGGGGACAUGCCCAUACGCAUCACCUGGCACAAAGAUGGCCAGCUCAUUGUGCCGGGCUCCGCCUCUGGCGUCGGAAUCGAGACCAAAGAGUUCAUGAGCUCCCUCCAAAUCUCCAAGGUGACACUGAAGCACAACGGGAAUUACACCUGCAUCGCCAGCAAUGCCGCCGCCACCGUCAGCUGGGAGAGGCAGUUGAUCGUUACCGUGCCACCGCGGUUUACGGUGCAGCCCAACAACCAGGACUGUAUCUAUGGCAAAGCUGGAGUUCUCAACUGCUCCGUGGAAGGUUAUCCACCGCCGAAAGUCAUGUGGAAACACGCCAAAGGUAAAAUCAGCUCAUCAUCCCGACAAUAUUGCAAUAACGAGAUGACACGAACAAGGACAAAUGAAGGCAGUGACACUUGGUUUAUCUGUGCAGGUGUGGGAAACCCUCAGCAGUACCACCCAGUCCCUCUAACCGGCCGAAUCCAGAUCAUGUCGAACGGCUCUCUGCUCAUCCGACAUGUUCUCGAGGAUGACCGGGGGUACUACCUCUGUCAGGCCUCCAAUGGAGUGGGCUCAGACAUCAGUAAGAGCAUGAUCCUCACUGUCAAGAUUCCUGCCAUGAUCACCAGCCACCCCAACACCACCAUGGCAAGGAAAGGCCAGACCAAGGACCUGAACUGCACAGCGCGGGGCGAGCAGCCCAUCAUCAUCCGCUGGGAGAGAGGGGACACCGUCAUCGACGCAGAGAGGAACCCACGUUACUCCAUCACCAUCAACAAGAAAGGGGACGAAGUCAUCUCCACCCUCAAGCUGAACCCAGCCGAACGAGGAGAUUCUGUCUUCUUCUCCUGCCAUGCCAUCAACUCCUAUGGAGAGGGUCGAGGUCUUAUCCAGCUCACUGUGCAAGAACCACCAGAUCCCCCGGAGCUGGAAGUGAGGGAAGUGAAGGACAGGAGCAUGAACCUGCGCUGGAUCCAACGGUUUGACGGAAACAGCAUCAUCACCAGCUAUGACAUCGAGUAUAAGAACAAGUCAGACUCCUGGGAUCACAUGUACACAACCAGGAACAUCUCACCCACCAACAACCAGGCCAACAUCGUAGAGCUGCACCCGGCCUGUGUUUACAGCAUCCGCAUGUACUCCUACAACAAGAUUGGCCGCAGCCUUCCCAGCAAAGAGCUCACGAUCAGUACAGAAGAAGCACCACCAGACGGGCCGCCAAUGGAUGUAAUCCUCCAGCCGAUGACAUCCCAGAGCAUACGGGUUACAUGGAGGGCGCCAAAGAAGGAGCUGCAGAACGGGGUGAUCCGAGGUUACCAAAUCGGUUACAGGGAGAACGGUCCAGGCAGCAACGGACAGUACAGCAUAGUGGAGAUGAAAGCUACAGGGGACAGCGAAGUGUACACCUUGGACAACCUAAAGAAGUUUGCCCAGUACGGGGUCGUGGUCCAGGCCUUCAACAGAGCCGGGACGGGCCCAUCCAGUACUGAGAUCAACGCGACCACGCUGGAAGACGUGCCCAGCGAGCCCCCGCAGAACGUGCGAGCCAUCUCGGUGACGUCGGACGAGGCGGUGAUCACGUGGGCCGAGCCUCCACGGCUGACGCUGCACGGUGUGCUGAAAGGCUACCGUGUUGUGUUCUGGUCCCUCUUCCCUGAUGGAGAAUGGGGGGAGAUGCAGAACAUCACCACGACCCGUGAGCAGGUAGAGCUGCGAGGGUUGGAGAAGUUCACCAACUACAGUGUUCAGGUGCUGGCCUACACGCAAGCCGGAGACGGGGUCCGCAGCAACGUGCUGUAUAUCCAAACCCGCGAGGACCUUCCUGGACCGCCGGCUGGAAUUAAGGCAGUUCCCUCGUCUCCAAGUAGCGUGGUUGUGUCCUGGUUACCACCCCACAAACCAAAUGGUGUAAUCCGCAAGUACACCAUCUACUGCUCCAGUCCAGGUUCUGGACAGCCAGCGCCCAGCGAGUACGAGGCCAACCCCGAGAUGCUCUUCUACCGAAUCACGCACCUCAGCCGCGGUAAACAAUACCACAUCUGGGCUGCAGCCGUGACAACUGCCGGCCGUGGGAACAUCAGCUCAAAGGUCACAGUGGAGCCUGCUGGGAAAGUCCCGGGUAAGAUCCUGUCCUUCGGUGGCACAGUGACCACACCCUGGAUGAAGGAAGUACGUCUGCCCUGCAGCUCGGUGGGAGAGCCCGCCCCCACGAUUAAAUGGACCAAAGACAGUGAGGACUCUGCCAUUCCAGUGACGGCCGACAGCCAGCGGCAGAUCUUAUCCAAUGGCACGCUGGUGCUGCGUUCGGUCAAAGCAGAGGACUCUGGGUACUACACCUGCACGGCCACUAACACGCUGGGCUUUGACACCAUCAUAGUCAAUCUUGUGGUGCAAGUUCCUCCGGACCAGCCUCGUCUGACUGUCUCCACCACCUCCACCUCCUCCAUCACCCUGGCUUGGAUCCCGGGGGACAAUGGAGGAAGCUCCAUCAGAGGGUUUGUGCUGCAGUAUUCUGUGGACAACACGGAGGAAUGGAGGGAUGUGUUCAUCAGCUCCACUGAGCGCUCCUUCAGGCUGGACAAUCUGCGCUGCGGAACCUGGUACAAGGUCAAGCUGGCCGCCAAGAACAGCGUGGGCUCAGGGCGCAUCAGUGAGAUCAUCGAGGCCAAGACCCACGGAAGAGAGCCGGUGUUCAACAAGGACCAGCCGUUACUCACCCACAUCAACUCCACACACGCAGGGCUCAACCUGCAGGGCUGGACCAGCGGCGGCUGUCCCAUCACCGACAUGAUGCUGGACUUCAGACCUAAAGGCACCUGGGCCUGGCAGAGCCUCAAGGCCAACUCCACCACGCAGCUCUUCCUCAGCGAGCUGCGGGAGGCCACGUGGUACGAGCUCAAAAUGAAGGCCUGCAACAGCGCCGGGUGUGGCAACCAGAGCUCCCAGUUUGCCACCACCGACUACGAUGGCAGUACAAUCCCCCCCAUUAAAUCAGCCCGUGGCGAAGGCGAUGAUGUGAAAAAGCUCUUCUCCAUCGGCUCUCCCGUCAUCCUGGUUACUCUGGGUGUUGCGUUGCUCUUCAUUAUCCGCAAGAAACGCAAGGAGAAGCGGCUCAAACGUCUCAGGGAUGCUAAGAGCCUCGCUGAGAUGCUUAUCAGCAAGAACAAUCGCAGUAUAGACACGCCUGUGAAGGGCCCUCCUCAAGGGCCGAGGCUCCACAUUGACAUCCCACGUGUUCAGCUGCUCAUUGAGGACAAGGAAGGCAUCAAACAGAUAGGCGAGGACAAGGCAGCGGUGCCAGUGACAGACACAGAGUUUAGCCAAUCAGUAAAUCCACAGAACUUCUGCACAGGCGUGUCUCUGCACCACCAAGCCCUCAUUCAGAAUUCAGGGCCUUUGAUUGACAUGUCAGACAUCCGUCCAGGCACAAACCCCGUGUCCAGGAAGAGCAUCAAAUCCGCUCACAGCUCCCGCAACAGAUACUCCAGCCAGUGGACGCUGAGCCGGCCGACUCAGAGCCAGUCGACAGCCUCGGCACGAACUCUGACCUCGGACUGGCGAACGAUGGGCUCUCACGGCAUCACUGCGACGGAGAGUGACAGCUACAGCGCCAGCCUCUCCCAAGACACAGAUAAGGGUCGCAACAGCAUGGUGUCGACUGAGAGCGCCUCCUCCACCUACGAGGAGCUGGCGAGGGCCUACGAGCACGCCAAGCUGGAGGAGCACCUGCAGCAUGCCAAGUUCACCAUCACGGAGUGCUUCAUCUCCGACAGCUCGUCUGACCAAAUGACCACAGGAACCAACGACCCAGCGGACAGCAUGACCUCCCUCAGCACGCCGUCUGAACCGGGCAUCUGCCGCUUCACCGCCUCGCCGCCUAAACCGCAGGACUACGACCGUGGUAAAAAUGUGGCUGUGCCCAUUCCCCACCGCGCCAACAAAAGUGAAUUCUGCAACCUCCCCCUCUACAUGAAGACAGACCCAUUCUUCCGCAAGCAAGGGGAGCUCCACGACCCAUGCCCGGUUGUGCCGCCGCGGGAAGCCUCGAUCCGCAGCCUGACGCAGCGGGCGUAUCACACCCAGGGCCGUCACAAAACUCUGGACCCUACCAAGCAGCCGUCCCUGACGCUGGGCCACUCUGGGCUGAGCAGCUUGGGUUCGAGCUUGGGCACCGCCACCUUGCCCCAAAGGACUCUCACCAUGCCCAGCUCCAACACCGCAGCAACAGCUUCCACUUCCAGCACAGGCAGCAACCCCACCAACAGUAACAAGGUGGGGGGCUCCAGAGACUCGCUGCUUGAGAGCAGCUCCUCUGCACUGGGGAGACUGCAGAAACAGAGUGCGGGGGCCUACUCCAAGUCAUACACACUGGUGUAGUCCAUUCUCUUGCACAGACUUGCACUGCUGUCCCACUCCUCAGCCAGCCCCACCCUGGCACUCUUCAGUCUGGGCCAGAAAGGGCAUGCAACCAUCUUUCUUUACACCCAGCUAAUGGUGAACUGCCCAGCACCCUGUCUAGUUUUCCUCGAGAUAGGUGCUCUCCCAAACAGAGACCCAGCUAACCCUACUUUUCAUGCUUACCUGGGACUCUGUAAAAGAACUACUAACUCCAACUAACAGUUCCAGCCGGCUGGUGCUCAGCUCCGCGCAGUUCUCACUGGAGCUGCACAGCAAAAAAAAAAAAGAAAAAAAACAGGAAGCGAUUCUGUGGUCAUUUGGACAUAUUGACUAUAACUGAGCUAAAAGCUCUGUGUUUAUGAUGAUGAAGACUACAAUAGCCAGUAUGAAGCUGUGUGGCCACCCUGUCUCUCACGCACACACAUGCUGUCCUCCAUACUUUGAGUAUUAUUGUCAAUUUGCAGGACGUCCCGUUAAGUUCCCUAUUCUUACUGUAUCUUCCACCCUCUAUGUGUCUCUUUAAGUCCCAAAUAUCUAUUGGCAAAUUCAAAUCCAAAAGAAAUGAUUCAGGUUCACUUCCAAGAAAGAAAAAAACACUUCUAUCCUGUUCGUGUGACAGAAUCUCUCCAGCUGAACAGUGUCGACAACUCAAAUGAACCAGCUAUGAUUAUUCAUAUUACAAAUAGAGAAUAUUUGGUAAUAUAAAGAAUUUACAUAUAUAUUUCUAUGUAGGUAUAUUAUUGACGUUUACGUUAAAUUAUGAAAAAGUAUAAAUUGUAUGUGCCACAAUAGUGUACAUACAGAAAUUAAAUGUUAAUGUCAAAUUUAAGAACGAGACAAUCGCUCAAUCAUAAAAAUUUAAGAAGAGAAAUUUAAAGAAGGUUUGACUAAAGAAAGAAAAAAAGUUUAGUGUAUAUACAGGAACGUCUGUAUAUUACUUGUAUGUGACCGACUAUGAGAAGUGUCCCAUGAUGAGGUGGGAAAAAGCAUGACAGGCUACUUAGUUUUAGUUUCAGUUCCUGAAAAGGGAAACAACUGACUGGUUGAACAGAUUAUAACCUCCCCGGUUUGCAACGCCUACUUUACUGGUGGAAACAAUCACGACAGAAAGCCUCCUCAUGGAGACUCUACGGAGUCUGAUGGGUUAGUAAAUACAUGUACGUUCAGAAACCAAAUAAUCAGUAUCAAAGAAGAUCCCUAAAUCAGUUUUAUGUUUAUGUUGCUAUUAGCUGAAGGCUUGAGUUAUCCUACAGUAUUAAAGCCUCUGUUACUGAAAGUCACAGAGAUACUAACAUAUUCAGCUCUUCAGAGAAAGGAGAGAAAAAGAAGGAAUCCCAGUUAUGAUGUGAAUGAAAAAUAAUAUAAUGAGAGAAGUUCUAUGUUCAGGGAGUUCAUUGAAAAAAAACAAAAUAUAUAAUGUUCACUUAAUUGAUAUCUUUGUUGUUGCCCUGUCUGAAGUACUGUACACAGUAUGUCCCACUUUAUUUACCACCACACCCCUCCAUAAAUGUACGUUCACACAAGAUCCUAUUGGGAUGUUUUCUCAAGCAUUGCCAUGAUAGUGUUCUGUGGUUUGUAUUCAUUUGAUCAAUUUGUUUGUUUUGUUUGUCCAGGGAGGGUGAUGUCUGUCAGUCUGUUGAUUUUGAUUUAUAAUAUUCCUUUUUGAAUUAAUUUAGGAUUUUGACAAAAAAUGUUUGAUUCCAGAGGCCAAACAGUACUGAGGUAUGUGGCCUGUGACUAAAACCAGUUCAGCCAAGUGAAAUCAGGGACUCGUAGCUCUUUUAGUCACACAAACUACUAUUGUAUUGUGUAUAUACUGGACUGGAGGUGGUCUGUAAACCUGAAGCAUUCAUACUCCCGUCCAUUUCCCCUGCUCAGAUAAAUUAAAGUAAAAAGUCACCACCGCGAAACAUAAAGAUCCAUCAUCUCUACCUUUGUCAGUGUUGUUUAUAGAUUAAGUCUUGUACAUAAAACACAGUUUUGUAUGAAGAGCUAUUUUCGUCAGAAUAAAUCAGGGGACACAUCAGGGUUGAAUGCCCCAAUUUCAAAAUUGAAAUAGUAUCAAAAAUAAAAUAUUUUACUUCUGAAAUGGGCAAAAAAAAACAUUUUUCUUUCCCUUUAUGUUUUUUAUACUAAUUUGUUGAAUUUUUAUUCUUUUUUAAAGGUCUUUUGAUGUUGUCAUUUGUCCUAUUUACUUUUUUUAUUAUCAUUAUUUUGUAUUUUGUUCAUCCUCAGAAAAGUCAUUGCAUGCUUGCUAAAAGGGAAAAAUUGAGAGAAAAAAUGUAUGAAAAUCAAAAGCUAAAAAAAAGGUUGAGGGUAUCCCAAACAUUUGUUUGAGUUGCUUGUUAUAGCAAUUGCUUGUGUUCAAAAGUACAUUUUCUAUGAAAAGAAAGCAAAAACUAAAAAGAUCAUUCUAACACCUUGUGCAAUAAAGCUAUCUUUCAUACGUCA